UCUCUCUCGUUCUCGAACUCCAAAAGAUGACGUUUCCCACGUUUCCCCUUCUCCUUCUCCUCCUCUUCACCGCAUCUCGACCGUCCAUUUGUGAUCCAACGGCUACGAUCAAGACCGAUUGCACAAUGUGCUCUUCUUGCGAAAACCCUUGCCAGCCUCUCUCGCCGCCGCCGCCACCGCCGCCGCCGAGCUCAAGCUCUGAAUGCCCUCCGCCGCCUUCGCCACCGAGCUCCGGUUACUACUACUCAUCGCCACCGCCUCCAUCAUCAUCCGGCUCGGGGACCAUCUCUUACGCUUCACCGCCACCACCCUAUGGCGGCGGCGGUGGUGGUGGUGGUGGUGGAGGGUACUAUAAGGCGCCGCCGCCGCCGAACCCUAUACUACCGUACUUCCCGUACUACUUCUACAACCCGCCGCCGCCGCCGUCGAAAUACGUUUCCCUUUCGCUUGCUCACCGUGCGAUUCCCGUUUCCCUUAUCCCUUCUCUUCUUCUCGUCGGGCUCUUGGCCUGGUGCGUCUCGUGAUCGGGUUAUCGGGUUUCGGGUUUUCGGAUCUGGGAUCCGGAUCCGGUUAAUGUAUUAUUAAUAUCAUUAUUAUUAUUUUUUGGGUUCAUUUUUUUUUUGUGUGUAGUAAUAAUUAGUUGGGGUAAUUAAGAGAGGGAGGGGAUAAGUAAUAAUGGUAAUUAGUGUUGCAUUAAUGAAGUGUUAGAAAGAUGAUUAAAAAUGUAAUAAUAAUAAAUAAAGGUGGUGGCAUUGGAUUCCUUAUUC